AUUUUCCAGCCAACGGUGCCUCACAGGUGUGCAAAGAGCCCGCAGUGCGAGUGCAAGCCUUGGUCUUAACCUCUAUAAAAAGCCUGGAUAUCGAAUUGGAUUAAAAGCAGCCCACACACUCAUCAAGAAAAUACCCAAAAAACGGAUUAACGCGUGUGUUCCAGACAAGUGGAUCGUGCCAAGUGAUAUAUAGUGACUAUAAAUAAACAAUCUGUGUGUGAAAAUGCGGAAGACCGUGUGUUUGCUGCUUGCCCUGAUGGCCACCUGCAGCGCAGGACCCCUGACCACCCAUCAGAAAAUAAAAGCACCUGUGAUCCGUGAGGAACCUAUGCCAGCUGAGGUGGAAAUGCCUGAACAGACCGAAACGGAGGAUGAGUCAGCUCCGGCGGAAGCUGCUCCCCUGGGAACCCUUACCCUGCCCAGCAAUGCCACCUCCAUCCGGUCGGACAUCACGGAUAACUUCUCGUGUGCCAACAAGACCUAUGGUUACUACGCGGAUGUGGAGAACGAUUGCCAGAUCUUCCAUGUCUGCUUGCCAGUUACCUACGCCGAUGGCAGGGAAAACACCUUCCGCUGGAGCUUCAUCUGCCCCGAGGAGACCAUCUUCAGUCAGGAAUCUUUCACCUGCAUGCGUCGCGAGGACAUGACCAUCGAGUGCCAGGAUAGCUCCAGAUACUACGAACUGAAUGGCAACUUUGGUGGUCCCGCUGAACAGGAAAGUAAACCCACUCCUGAGGAGAGUGAGCAGCCGGAGAAGGAGGAGGAGCAAGAGGAGGAGGAAUCUAAGCCAGUUGAGGCAGAGCCAGAGAUUGCCCCAGAACCUGAGGAGGAGCCACCCAAGCCAGUGAAGCCAGUCAAGGUGCAGAAACCCAAACCCAACCGAAGGAAGCCCCAACCUCAAAGGAAGGUUCCAGUUCCAGUGACAGCUGCUCCAGAGGUGGAAGCUAUUCCCGAACCAGUGGCCCACGUUGAGGUGGAAUCUAAGCCCAUUAAGCCACAGAGAUUCUCCGUCAGACCCAACAAGGAGAGACCCCAGGGAUUAAGACCCGCGAUUGUUGCACCUACCCGUAAUGAACUCUUCAAUGGAAUCCGCAAACGUCCAGCGAUCUUCAACAAGCCCACUACAGUGAAGCCCGUGGAGGAAAUGGUUGAAAGUGAACCAGCUGUUACUGAGGCGGUGGUCCAACUCAGUGAGCCCCAGCCCACGCUGAAACUGCAGACCUUAUUUGCCGAGCCAGAGGUGAUUCCCGUGGAAAUCCAGGAACCCGAGGUUCAGGCAUCCGAGCCAGCUGUGACUUUUGUUCAACCAGAGCCGGUUGUUGAGGAGGCAGAGCCCACCAAGGUAGAUAUUGAUACCAGAAUCGAGGAUGUUAAGCCCAUCGAAGCCAUCGAAGAGAUUCCCGCUGUCAUAGUCGAAAGUUUGGAUCAAUCAAUGCCUAUGGAAAGUGAGAAGAAGCCAGAGGAGCUUGAGGAAACUAAGGCCACUGAAGAAAUCAAAGUAGAAGAGCAGGCCAAGCCAUCAGAAGAGAUUAAGCCAGAGGAAGCAAUGAAACCAGAGGAGGAAGAGGUACAACCCCAGGUGGAAGUUCAAGCCGAAGAAGAGCCAGAAGUUCCAGCUAAGGUGGAAGAGAUCCAUGAAGUUAUGCCCGAGGUCAUUAAAUCGGAGCCAGCAAUCGUGGAAGGCAGCAACUCCCAUGAGGAGCCUCUGAGUCUUGAAACCCUGGAAGCAGCCAAGCCAGCAGAUGCACCCGAGAGUAUGCCAGCUACUCCCGAAAUGGAGCAACACAGUCCUUUAGUUGAGGAAAUUCUGGACAACACCCACGACGGCGAGGCCCAAGAGUCGCUGGGAGGCUUCAAGCCAGUAGAUCCCGUGAUGGCCGCCGAGGCAGAGCAACUGAUCACCGACUUCCUGAAUACCUUGAAGAAAAACGAAGAGAAACCAGAGACUGAUAUGGCAGAGAGCAUGUUACCAGUGGAGAAUGCCGAUGUGUCCAUUGAGGAGGCCAAGCUGCCGGAACCUGAAAUCGUGGACAAGAAUGCCUCAGUCGAGGAACAAUUGUUAGAGGAAAUGGAAGAUAAGAAGUCCCCGAAGCCCCAAAUGAUGGAGGACUCUCCUAUUAUCAACAUUAUGCAGGUGCAACAUAUGCCCAUGGACUACCAGAUCCCAGUCAAAGUAAUUCCCGUUCAUAUCCAGCCGGCUUUUGAAAUCCCUGAGGAAGUAGAGGACGCUAAGGAAAGCGCUCCAGAGGAAGUUAAGGAAACGGCACCAGAGGAGACCAAGGAAAGUGCUCCCGAGGAAGUGAAGGAAGUUAUUCCCGAAGAAGUUAAGGAAGCAAUUCCGGAAGAAGUAAAGGAUGAUAUUCCUGAAGAAAUUAAGGAAGCUGCUCCUGAGGAAAUUCCUAGCGAGAAAGUCGAAGAAGCUGCCGCCCAAGAAACUUCUCCUGAAGAAAUCAAGGAAAUCCAUCCCGAGGAAAUCAAGGAGUCUGCUCCUGAGCAAAUGCAAGAGACUGUUCCUGAGAUAGUUCCGCAAUCUGAGUCUGAACUGGUGGCCAAACCCGAGGAAACUCCCCUACAAGACGAUGCCCAGGAAAGUCUAGUCACCGCCGCCUACAUGCCCUCGAUCAGCAUCGAUGACAUCGUGGAGCUGGUCAAAGAGCGCCUGGACCAGACGCCUAAAAAGGAACAGAUGGCUCCUAUGGAGCUGAUACUCACGCCAGGUGGGGCUGCACCCAUGACCCUGGUUCAGAACAACCCUGAGAAAACGGAUCAGGAGCCUCAGCCAGCGGAAGUGGCGGAAUCCACUGCCGAGCAGGAGGAGGAACUCAUCCUGCCCAUCUACAAGCGCAUCUCAGAAGCCGAACCCGCCAUGUCCAAGGUGCAAACGGUGCCGGUAACGGUGAGCAAGGUGGAAACGGAAACCCUGCCGGAAACUGAGUCCCAGCCGGAAGUAAGGGAACCAAAGAUGGAUGCCCGCAAGCGCCGCUUCCUGUUCCGCGCCGAUGCCAGCUAGAGGGGAUGAGAGACAGUGAGAGAGAGAGAUAGAGAAGGACCGAUAGCAAUCCUGGAGAGGAUUAUCCUUCCACUUAGCCCGAACCGGAACCCCGUUCACCUCCUAGUUCCCAAUACGCUAUCCCACUCAUUUGCACCUAGGCAAGUUUUAUUUAAUAAUUUUUUGAUUUCCUAGUUUUAUGGCCAUUUCUUAAAGGAAAAACGUGCACGAGAGUUGAAAUUUAAGAUUAGAAUUGUUGUUCCGACGAGUUAAACAAACAAAUUACAAAACAAAAAAUUUCCAAAAAAAUCUUAAAAUAAAAAUCUUAAAAAAAUUAAA